UCCUGUCAACGGUAGGACAACACUGUUGCUAGUGGCAGCAGCCGCGAAUUACAGGGUGUCGAUGCAGUUCAGUUAAAGUUGUGGUGUUAAAUUAAACAGUAGGUUCUUAAUGAAAACUUCAACAUUGGAUAUUGGAAACACGGACCAAACUUCCUUCAAACGUGGAGUUAAUGGACUUGUCGCUUUGCUUGGGAAAUAAUAUUCAUUUAAAAAGGCUUCACAUUUUAUUGAGAAGACCAUGCAGAGUAGUUUUGUCAGGUAGAACGAGGCUGCACAGUAUGGUAAACACACCCAGCGAACUAAUACCAGUGCGUUAGCGAAUGCUAGAGUGCAUUUUUGCGUACUAACAACAUAACCAAGGCAUUGACUCGCUUUGAUUCAACAUCCUGUGCGGCGCAGGCGAUGCCAAGGUCGUGAGAGAAAAGUGCGUGUUGUCAAGCAUGCGUCUUAAUCUGGGAAUAUCACAAGAAUGUUCUGUUGAAGAAGAUUAGCCUGCUGUUCGAAGAUAUUCGGAUUACGAGGAGUUACUGUAACUUUGUCAUAUGGGCUACAGUAAAGAAUACUUGUCUAGCAUUUCAACCACAGUCAUGGAACACAAAGGACAAAGAGUGCAAGAUCACUGCGCUUCACAUAGCUUGCGCUAAGAUUCAGUUCCUACUCUGUUUAUAUUUUGGUACCUUGAAUUGAGACUUGCAGUAAAGGACAGCAUAUAAACCCUGUGAUUCAUUCCGUGAACAAUGAGUGGUCGCGUCCCAUUAGCAGAGAAGGCUCUUUCAGAGGGUUUCGCCAGACUCCGCUACCGGGACACUUCGCUGCUUAUUUGGCAGCAGCAGCAACAAGAUCUGGAGAAGUCUCCCCCGAGCAGCUACCUGAGCCGCAGUCAGAGUGCCUGGUACACCCAGUUCGGAAACCAGGCUAUCCUAGUGAGGGACAAAACUAAACUGGGGAGCCCCAGGGACACAGGGCAGUCUAGGAUUUGCUCAGUAAUGUAAAAAAAAAAAAAAAAAAAAAAAAAAAGUGCAAGGAGGAACGACGUUUUGGAAUACAAAAUAAUCUUUAGAAUUACUGUGCUCUACUGGGGAUGGAAGUAAGACUCCUAUAUUUUAAUAGCAGUUUCACCCAUUCCAGUUUUUUUUUUUUUCACCAGCUUGG